GAGAUAGUGGGUGACGGGUGAGCAAGAGUGUGAGACAGAGUGAGAGAGGAGAGGAGUGGAGAGAGGAGACGACCUGAGACCAAAACAAUUACGGAAGACAGCCACAAAGCAGAACGUGAAAAUUUUGAUGAAAAACUGUGAAAAUUGUGCGAAUUAAAAAUGGUUUUACGAUCGGGUAUUAUCAUUCCUUUUCAAUUUCGCGAUACGAAAAAAUUACUUAUGAUUGGCGUAACGGAGGAAAAUCGUAAUCUAAAUAUUUGGGAUUUAAAAAAUGUUGUGCGUGCCGCUUUUGGCAUCUAUAAUUUCGAGUUUCGGAAUAAGAAAAUUGGCUUUAAUAUACCCGAUGAGCUGUUGCUUCACUAUCUGGCCCAACGUCAUGACCUUACCAAUUUCGUUAUAGAAAUCAGUCAAGUUUACGAUGCCGCCUCGGACAGUUAUGUGCUUCAUCCACAGUGCCGUUGUGGAGCCCAGAAAAUACUCAGUGAUUCACCGACACCUCCCGAAGAGCCAACAAAUUUGUGCCAAGUGAACAGUGUGGUAGAAGCUGCAACAACACCCACCUUACCACUGCCACCGUGUAAUGAUGAUGAUGAGGAGCCCGAAGAGGCAAUGAAAUAUCGCAUUGAUAAGGCCAGCAGUGGAGCUGCAUCGGCUGAACUUGGUAUGCCAGCCUAUGAGGCGUGUACACCGAAAAUGGACUAUGAUACCCAGGAUGAGCUGCCAGAUUCACCGCAAUUGGAGCAGCAACAAAUGUCACCGCCGUCGUUGCCUUUAAUAGUGCCAUUGCCGCCUAAUCAGCCGCCAACAUCACAUCAUCAUCUGCAUCAACAUCAACACCAGCAGCAGCAACAACAUCAGCAACAGCAACAGCAGCAGCAGCAGCAACAACAACACGAUGAGGAACAGCAACAAUUACUACAUGAACGCAUCCAUCAUGAGUAUAUGUUGCAACAGCAGCAGCAGCAUCAGCAUUUGCAGCAACAACAACAGCAUUUGGCCUUACUCCAGCAACAACAACAGGAGCAACAACAUCAUCAGCAGCAGCAACAGCAACAACAACAGCAACACCAGCAACAACAACAGUCAGCAGUGGGAGUUGGCCUAGCCAUAGGCACCACUGGAACCAAUAACAUUCGACAACGCAAAGAGCGCAUGUCCAAGCGGCAAAAGGAGCUCUACGUUCAUUUUCUGCAACAACAUCAGUGUAUCAAUGAUCAUCGUCGCAAUGAUCCAGUUCUUGAUCCCUAUUGGCUAAAGCUGGCCAAUCUGUUGAAUGCCGUGCCCCAAGGUGCUGUCAAACAUGUCACCGAGUGGAAGCAGACAUUUGACAAUUGGCGCUAUCGCAUCUUUCUCUAUGCACGCUACAAUUCCAAAUUGCAAGACGAGGAGGCACAAAAUCCGCGCAAUUUCAAGCCAUUGACACGUACCGAUAAGCAAGCCUAUAUAAUGUGGAUACGUAAUCCGGAUACAGCGCCGCCAGAUCUAGACAAGAUGCGUAAUGUCUUUUGCAAUUUGGAGGAGACAACAACGCAGCAGGAUUAGGCCUUAGGCGGUUUUGCUGUGCGGUGCUUGCCAAAAUCGGUUUAUUUUUCAUUCUUUUGUUUUUUACUUUCCUCCUUUUUGUUUG